GCUGCCAGGCUGCUGCCCAGGGUCCUGCUGCCCACCUCGGGAUGGCCACGCACCCUCCUGCCCGCCCCCGCCGCCUCCUGCCGCUCUCCCUGGGGCUCUUCCAGGCUGCCCUGCUCCUCUUCUUCGCCCUCUUCAUCACCUACGAUGGGUCCCCGGCGCGGGUGGAGGACGCCGGCUCGGCGGCCGAGCAGCUCUACGGCACCUUCCCGCUCUUCCAGGACAUCCAGGUGAUGCUGGCGGUGGGGCUGGGGCUGCUGCUGACAUUCCUGCCCCGCUACGGGCUCAGCGUCCUCACCCACAACUUCCUGCUGCUCAACUUCUCCACGCAGUGGGCGCUGGUGCUGCAGGGCUUGCUCCAUCGCCUGCUCCGCGCCCAGAGCCACCUGCAGCUCCGCAGCCUCCUGGGCGCCGAGUUCGCUGCCGUCACAGUGCUCAUCUCCGUGGGGGCUGUCCUCGGGAGGACCAGCCCCUGCCAGCUCCUCGUCGUGGCUGCCUGCGAGGUCCCUGCCUACCUUGCCAGCGAGUGGGUCGUUGCCACCCGUCUAGGGGUGCUGGACGUGGGGGGCACCAUCACCAUCCACGUCUUCUCCUGCUAUUUUGGCCUCGGAGUGUCCAAGGCUCUGUUUGGGAGGGCGAGGCAGGUGCUGCACCCCAAGGAGACCCCAACCCCCAGCUCUGACCUCACCUCCCUGCUGGGGACACUCAUCCUCUAGGUGUUCUGGCCCAGCUUCGUGGCCGUCCUCUGCCAACCAGGAGAUGCCCAGCACCGUGCCAUCCUGAACACCGUCCUGGCCAUGAGUGCCAGUGCUGUGACCACUGUGGUGGCCUCCAGCCUGCUGGAAGAGGGCAGGCUCAGGCCUGGGCACCUGCAGAACGGCAGCCUGGCUGGUGGGGUGGCUGUUGGUGCGGUGGCAGACAUGGACAUGCCACCAGUGGCUGCCCUGGCCCUGGGCAGCCUCUCUGCCAUAGUGUGUGUCCUGGGCUUCAGGUUCCUCACCCCACUCCUGGCAAGGAAGCUCACGCUGCAGGACCACUGUGGCAUCCACAACCUUCAUGGCUUGCCUGGCAUCCUUGGUGCCAUAGCCAGUGCCAUUGUCAUCCUGGUGGCACCCAAGGACACCUCCAGAUCCCUCUUGUCUCAAGUGUCCCCUGCUGGGGUCAAUGCCAGUGAGGCAGCAGUGGGACAGUGGGGUGAGCGUGGGGCAGGUGGGCAGGCGCUGUGCCAGGCAGCAGGACUGGCAGUGGCCAUCGGUGGCUCACUGCUCUCUGGGCUGCUGACCGGUGCCAUGCUCAGGCUGCCCUGCCUGGCACAGCCACCUGAGCAGCACUGUUUUGAGGACUCACUGAAUUUUAGCAUCCAAGGUCAGGCUGAGAGCCUAGAGCUGAGUGGCACCAUGGAGGAAGGAGCCCUGGCUCUGAAGGAGCGAGUUUAG